UGGCUGCGUUUUGUGCCCUUGGGCUGAACGGCGAAUGGCUGGGCCUUGGAUACCUUCGUUCGCGCUGCGCUCGGCGUGGUCUGGCCUAGAGGGGUGGCAGUUCACAUUUUGCCCUUAGCUACGCUGGACGUCACAAAUACGCUUCCCGCUGUCCAGUGGCCAACGCGGCCCUUCUCCCGACUCUAUGUAGGCAUGAGGUGAUGCGCCCGGGAACGCUUCACGAGCCCUCUGCCUCCGCGCAACACCAUGGCCCGCGGCACAGCAAUCAAGGAGGAGGAUGACAACGGGUCCGCGGGAGAGCCCAGGGCCAGCAAACGGCGGUGCGUGCAAUCGGCCUGCGUGCCCUGCAGAAAGCGGAAGUCUAAGUGCGAUGGAGGCACGCCCGUGUGCGCGACGUGCACCGCCGUGUACAAGACGCCGUGCCACUACGACGCCGACAGCGAGAGCCGCCGCACCAAGACGGGCUCGAAGCGCGAGGCCGCGACGGCAGCGCAGGCGACGACGAGCGCGCCCGCCCACGACAGCGCGCACUUCCUGCUCAACACGAUCCGCACGCUGCCCGAGGCCGAGGUGCACGAGCUGGUCCAGCACAUCCGCAAGGACCGCAGCAUCGAUGUCGCUGCCGUGGCCGACGCCUGGCGCAAGACGGCCGUCCUGCCCGCGAGCACGCCCGUCGGCGAGCCGCAGUCGCUCGAGAGCGAGCUGUCGAUGCUGCUGGGGAAGCCCGCCAUGACGCGGACGGGCGAGAGCCGCUACUUUGGCCACACCAGCAACAUGUCGCUGGUGCCCGAGGACGAGAGCUACACGCGCGCCCGCGCGCCCGCCGCCGAGCGCAAGUCGCCCACGUGGACCUCCGUCACCAGCGACCUCGCCUUCGUGGAGCGCCUGCUGGACCUGUACUUCCGCUGGUCGCACUCGUUCUACGUCAUCUUCUCGCGUGAAUGCUUCUACAUGGACUUCCGCAGCGGCCGCCAGAAGUACUGCAGCGCCCUGCUGGUCAACGCCAUGCUGGCCUACGGCUGCCACUUCACCGACGACCCCGCGGGCAGGACCGACCCGGACAACUUCCGCACCGCAGGCGACCACUUCUUCGAGGAGGCCCGCCGCCUGCUCUACGAGAACGAGGCCUCCUCGCUCACCACGGUCCAGGCCCUCUGCGUCAUGGCCAUGCGCGAGCCGUCGGCGGGACGCGACUCGUCUGGCUUUGCCUACAUAGGGAGAGCCAUGCGCAUGGCCAUCGAGAUGGGGCUGCAUCUGAAGAACUCGGCAUCGCCCGCCAUGGGCCUUACACCGUCUGAGCACGAAGUGCGCAAGGUCACCUUCUGGGGCUGCUUUACCGUGGACACUGUCUGGUCCAUCUGCAUAGGCCGCAUAACCCAACUGCCAAGGGUCGCCAUCACGCUCGACAAACCCAUACUAGACGAGCCGCCCAGUGGUCUCAAUCAGGAGGCAUACCCAGGCUCUUCGCACGUGUCACCCAGCACUGUUACCAGCCGCAUGUUUCUCCAGGAGUUCAGCACGCUCUCUGAGUUGAUCAAUGAUAACAACUACAUGUUCUACGCCCCCAGUGCGCGUUUGACAGAUGUCAAACUCAUAGCCUGCCAUAACAAAUAUCUGGAAUGGUUCAAAAACUUGCCGCCGCCGCUCAGAUUGGAUAGUGGAGGGCAACCGCAACCCCAUAUCAUUGUACUCCACAUGUUGUACCAUACGGCCAUCGGCCAGUUGUUCCGUCCUAUGCUCAAGAUCGAUCUCAUCAACUUUAGGUUGAAGCCCCGCGACGCGUGUAUAGAAGCCGCAAACGCCGUGUCCGAACUCCUCCGCCAGUACCGUUCAUACUAUCCCAUGCGUACUUGCCAAUUGGUACUGACACACAUCCUUCUGACUACUUGUAUCGUGCACCUUACGUUCUCGAAAGACGCCCAAUUCUCGUCAAGCUCGUACCGCUAUCUGGUCGAAGGCCUCCAAGCGUUGGAGGACUUGAGCGUGUGCCAUUGGUUUGGAGCCCGCGCCUGGAGGAUCAUCUACGAAACCUCCAAGGCCUGGGAUCUAGGAUUCCCAGAAGAAUUGAAGAACAGCAAGCUCAUCCCAAAGGCUGGCAAUCUCGACGGCGUAUUAGAGUCCUCAAUCGUCCUCCCACGAGUGAACACCAACACCGCCAACCGCGCUCGCGUCGGCACAGUCGAAAGCCCCGUCUCUGCACCCGCCGCGCAUCCCACAAGGCGCGAAAGCCUCAGCAUGUUCACCCGCUCUGACCGCAAGAACCUCCAGCUGCCCUCACACCCCGCCUCAACCCAGGGCGGCAAUUUGCUCCGCAGCCAGACCCAACACCGCGGCUCCCUCCCACAUAUUCUCCCUUACUCCGCCUCCAACGCCACCCCCCAACCCGACAUCCCCACGACCCACCCCUCUACCGGCUCCGCCGAAACCCUCUUCUGGAACCCGCUCCCCACCGCCCUCGGCGCGCCCAUCCUCCCGCGCAACAGUUACCCCGUCGGCCCCAUGGAUCUCGACAACGUGCUGGGGAACAACAACGAGUGGGACCGCUUCAGCCGGGAUGGGUUCAAGAUGAGCGAGACGUGGAACCACGACCAGGCGAAUGCGUACGGCGGAAGCGGGGAAGCUGGAUACCCACAGGUCAGCGGGGAGAGCGACGGAUAUGCGAGCGCAGAGGUCGCGCAGUUCAAUGGCACGGGACACAUGGUCGGGCAUGUGAGCGAGGUGCAGCAGGGUGGUGGGCAGGCGUUUGAUGCGAGUUGGUGGAGUGGGGACGGGAAUCUGGAUCGAUGACACUCGCUGCACGAGGGGGUGGUGAUGCAGGCGCAAGCUCGAAUCGAAGCAAGAGGUGGAAAAGUGAAGGAACAAUGCGCU